CCGAAACAAAAAUGUGCGAAGCGAGGCAGGGAGCACUCUCACCAGUGCAGAUUUCAUCUCCCCUCUAGGCGCUGGGGUGCCCGUCCUGCGCCGACACCGUCUGACUCCUCCAGAACACAACGAGGCUUUGGCUAUUCGCAAAUACAUAAGCAUUUUUCUCCCAUCCAUUCUCAUCAGCUUGUACUCCAAGAAGAAGAAGAAGAAAAAAAAAAAAAAAAAAAAGGAAAAAAAAAAAAAAAAAAAAAGGUCCGGGGCUGUACAUGAGCGUGUCUUUGUGCCACUGCUCGUUCGGCGGGCUGACAGAGGCGGCAUUGUUUGCAGGCUGUGGCCGGCUUGGCAGCCGGAGAAGGUGGGGAUCUGCGCCGCGCAUACGGAAUCGGCAAGUGGCCGAGGACAGGGGUCGAGAAACUCCUAGAUCUGCGUUAACAACAAGAGGGAGUUUCAGAGCACUGCUAAUAGCUUCUCCUGGUGUCCUCUGCACAAUGCAAACAGGGUCCGGGGUGAGGAGUCCUUGUUAAUCAAAGCACAGAAGCUUUUGCUUCCUCGCUGGGAGAGCCUAUAUGAAGACUUGCAUGAACAACGUUGUAAGAAACAGAAGGUGCAUGCAGCACCGAUGCCAGCCUUCUCCAAGGAAUAACUUCGUCAUCCCCAAGUGACUCCAGCUCUUGCUAGUACCAUGGGGCCAGAGGGUGGCUUCUUAGGCAGUGAACAGGUCCAUGUCAUCCUGUGGGGAAGUUUGGCAGCCAUGACAACACUGUUGUUCCUCACCUUCCUCAUCUUCCUCUGCUCCAGCUGCAACAGGGAAAAGAAGGUCAAACAUCAGAAUGGAGAUCAUGAAAAUCUGAUGAAUAUGCCUUCUGACAAGGAGGUGUUCAGUCACUCAAUCACAAGUUCGGCUACAGAGCCCCCUCCGAGCAGCGACCAGAAUGGGGCACUCAGCAAUGGAGAGGUACUCUCAGAGGACAGUACAACUGCCUGUAUCCAGCCUUAUGAAGAAGUACAGACAUCUGUCUCUGAUCUGCUAGACCAACAGGAUAGUCUUGGAAAGUCUAUAAAAUGUCACCAGAGCCGGGAACUACCUAGUAUUCCCCCUAAUACCACCAUGGAAACCAUCAUCUCAGCUAGAAAUGCAGAAAAUGAUCAAGGUUUUGGAAUGGAAGGCCCUUAUGAAGUCUUGAAAGACAGCUCCUCUCAGGAGAACAUAGUUGAAGACUGCUUGUAUGAAACUGUGAAGGAAAUUAAGGAUGUUGGAGCUAUAGCCAGCAUGGAAGAGAGCUGUAACAGUAAAUCAAAGGCUACACUGACAGUUUCUGAAGGUCAGAAUCAGAUUCCUGAGUGCAGAAUUGAGUCAGCAGAAUAUGCAUCUGUUGACCGAAAUAAAAAAAGUCGCCAAAGUGCUAAUUCAGAAAGCCCUCUUGAUAACACACCAGAUGUAGAGGAUGAGCUGCCCCCUCCGGUACCCAUGAAACUUCUUGAUGAAAAUGAGAAUGUACAAGAAAAAGAAGUGGAAGAAGAAGUGACAGAAGGAGCAAGCAAACCAGAGAAGAGGCUUAGUUCGAUGUCUUACAAGUCUCGAGAGGAAGAUCCAUCUCUUACAGAAGAUGAGAUCUCAGCCAUGUACUCGUCAGUGAGUAAGCCGGGACAGGCCAUCAAGGCACUGGAUUCUCCUUAUACCUGUAUUCAAGAAAUUGCUUCACAGAGGUCCCCAUCUAUUUGCAGUGGCCUCUAUGCAAGUGUGAAGGACUUUGAAAACACCCUAAAUACUACCACUGUGCCUCAGUCUGUGGACAGACCAAACGGAGAGCUGGAGCCUGACUAUGAAGCUAUCCAGUCAGUGAGCCAAGAAGAGGACAGGACCUUGUCUGUGCCUAACACAAACCACACAGCUCUUUCAGGAGAGAAUGACUAUGAGAGCAUAGGGGACUUGCAGCACCACAGGGAUCUCACCAGACUUUAACUACUCCAGCAGGCAGAUUUCUCCACUGGUGUUUUCAAAGGAACGUGUGAAACAUGAAGAGAGAAGUGCUUCUCCUUUUGAGGAACAAAGCUAAGUAGAGAACAAAAGUUGUGAAGCAGCAGCGUACAUUUCAGCCAGGGUGUGAUACCUGCUAGAUUAUUCUGGGUGGUGGAUGGAGGCUCACGGGAAAGGGUAUGUCAGGUCAGAAUGACAACCAGGACAACGUAAAGGCUUUUUUAUUGUUAACUCCAAAACGACCAGAAUCUGGGAAGGAGUACCACGCUUGUUGUCCCAAUAGGAUUACAUACCAAAAAGACUGCCUUUACACAAAGCUAGCUGUUCAUUUUAAGAGAUUAUUUUAUGUCAUUUCCUUCAAAGUGUUUUUCAAGCAUCAUUUUUCAUUCAAGUUUGCGCAUCCACAACGUUGAGCAAAUCACGGAUCACUGUACCUCAACUCAGACUUACUUUUCAGGGCUGGGGAAGACGUGCUUACUUCUGUCUUUUGGGGAGCUCUGUCCACAUUCAUUGCAACUAAAGUGCAAAAAACAGUACUUCACAAAGGACCUACUCCAAAUGUACUUGAAUUAAGUCUGUUGCUUUUUCUUUUGUUUUUAAUGUCAAGGGCUGUAGAAUGUGACUUGCAAUAUUUAUGUGUACUGGUAUUUGUAGGUUUUUUUGUUGGAUUAUUUGUGAAAUACCGCUUUAAAAUGGCAAGUGACACCCUUAGCGUUCUUGCUCUGUUCCUCUCACGUGCACACAUAUACCUACACAUACACACACCAGACAAUUGCCAUAUUGCAAAAAUUUGUGCAAGUGAAUGGAUUGACAUAAUGUUUAGUCUAACCUUAAUAGUGUUGAGUCAUUUUUUGAAGAAUUUUGUCCUUUUUUAAGACUUAAAAUAUUUUAAUAUGUUUAUCUCGUUUAUUAUAUAGGAAGAUUUGUGUACUGUGUUGAUUGGAUGAUAUUUUUUAUUUUUACAACAUAUCUUUCAUCUUCAAAGUUUUUGUAGAUUAACUUACUGUUUUAUGUAACAGAAGGAAUUCCAUUCUUUGUUUGGGCUUUAUUUGGUUUUCCUUUAAAUUUUUUUCCUAUGUCAGAACUAUGUAAAUGAACAAUUGUUUUUGUUUUGGGGUUUUUUCGUCUUCUUAAGCAGGGAUGUGGAACAUGCCUUGCUGGUUUUAAGCUGAAAAUAAUAGAGUCUUUGUAAAAGAACACUGCCAAAGGGCAAAAAAGAGGUAGAAGAGACAGGGGGAACAGCCACUGGUCCUCCCCGUUCCUCUGCUAAAAGGAGCAGGAGGGCAACCAAGAACUUCUUGGGGCUCUGAAAAGCAGUUUGAAAACCACUGGCUUUUCAAAGAUAAGUUAUUCUGUUACUAUUAAAAACAAAGUACAGUGCUUGGAUGAAGCAAGUAGGUACUGAGCUGAUACUUUGUUUUCUUCAGAAAUAGUACAAUUAAGAGUACAAUGGUACAAGAAUAGUCCGACAGUAGAGAAGUGGCACUAUGUGAUGUGCGUUUGUACACUGUUAUGUGUACACAUGUGCAUAUAUCCCCAUGUAUAUAAGCAUGCACAUGUAAUUUGGACACAAGUAUAUAGUCCAACUUGGUAACAUUCAAAUACAUUCACAUACGUAAUGUCUGGCAUGUGCCUGAAGAGUAGUUUAUUUUUAAUUUGAAAUAAACGGUAUGUAAACUGAGGUUGGCUUAUUCCAUAGUAGCAAAAACAGGUUUAGUUUCAGUUCAGUUGGUACUGGGUUUUGAUAUACCAGACUGAGUCCUUCUUGGAUCACUGGCCAGCGAUCAACAUAACUUGGUACUAUAAAGAGCAAACACAAAUCUGGUUAGACACAUUUAUUAGAAAUAAGUGUACUGAUUUAUGGGCUUUGCCUGUAAGUAGUACAGCUCUGAGGAGCAGUGCAAGUGUGCAGUCAAAUCCUGCCUGCAGGAUGAUUCAAACAUCAUGGAUCCUAACCUCAUGUGACAGUGCAGCACUCUUGAUCUAUACUCUCUUCCUUUGAGGAGAAGCAGUUCAGACCAGUGUACAUCCAUCUUGUUCUUGACCAUGCUGCCAUGCUUCCACGGCUGCAGCAAACCCUUUACUUUCACUUCAUUGCAGGGCUUUUUAAAGAUGACUUUGGUCUUCCUUUCUGGAGUUUUUUCCUCAAAAAAAGUUUCUAUUUCUGUUCCCUUGAAUGUGAAUUUAUGAAGUUCACCUUUGACUGUUCUCUCCUACUUCACACUUUUUAAGGCCAAAGAUAAGAUGCACCAUGUUUCAGAAGAUCUGUUGUGCUAAGUCUGGAGAAUUUCUGAAGUCUUUUAACUAUGUGUUUACUUUCUGUUCCUUGCUCAGGGGUACAGGUUUAUAUACGUAGUCCUCAGUCUGACUCCUGCAACUUAAUGGCAGGCAUACCUCAACUGAAAUUCCCAAGAUGUAGUUAUCUCAAGGUGUAGUUACCCCUUAAGGAUUGUCUUAUUACAGGGAUGACUGCUUUUAGAGAAACAGUAGCAACAUGAGGUUUGUCAAGUUCACCAGAUUCAAUUUCAAGACCAGUUUAAAGGUAAGAGAUAAUGUCAGUUAAUAAUAGAAACAAUAACACUGAACUCUUGAUUAUAAAAAUUUAAGGUGCAAAAGAAGAAAAUCAAACUUCAGUCUAGAAGUGCCCCCAUUGAGAUCAGUAAGUCGAAGGGGGGGGGGGAGGAGGGCUCCCUGGUCUCUCUCUGCAGUCUCAGAGCAGGAUUAAGAGUGUUGGUUUGGAGGAUGGGAUGCAAGACUCAGCUCUUUCCUUCUUUCCUUUCCCCCAUUCUGACAGCUGCUCCUUCAGACCCCUAGAUUUCCCUUUUCCAUAGUGAAAUCCCUCCCCCUCUCUUUUUUGUUUCUAUUUUUAAUUGCCUCGUACAGCCUCACACUGGGAGAUAGUAUUAUGUAUGCAGUCCUGUGGUGCUGGCACAUUCCUUCCCAUUUAAAUGAUUCUCAGGCUGGUCACCACCUUUUCAUCACCCACCAGUCCCUCAGCCUGGUGGGGAAGGAGCUCAGAUUUUGGAUUGCUGCUUGCAGGAUGUGUAUCUGCCCUCAGUCAUGAGACCCCUUGCACGCUGGAUUCUUGAGAGCUACAAAAAGGAAUUACCCUUCUGAACAAGGACUCACGGGGAGUCCAUAACUCCCCUACAAUCUCUUAUUAGAUAGUCUAAUGCUAAAGAAAAACGUUUUAGAAUUCAGUCCAAGGUUCUUAAGUGAAUAAUUACAUCUGUUGACAAAGAAUCAAGCUUCUGUUCCCUCUUCCCAGGCAUAAGAUCUGUUACUUUAUGGCUGUUGCCAAUGAUUCCUUUUCACUAAUAUAUUGGAUAGAAAGACUUUUCCAACAGUAAUCCCCGAAUAGAUUAAUGUGACUGUAAAGAAAAGGGAGUCUUUUCUGCUUGUCUCUUUAUUGCUAUUUUUUCCUCUCAGUAUAUCCCUAAAUAACAUGUCAACAUCCAAAAUGAAUUAUUUGUUACCUAGUGAUUUUUCUGGGGAAGCUUCACAGUCUAGUUCUUUGCCUCCAUUUUUUGGCACAACUAUAUAAUAAGAUCUCAUAUCAGAUUGCCACAGUAAGGCCAAGACAAGCUGUAAUGUGUGUAUAAAUGCACUACUGAAGAGGUCUUUUCUGAUUUCCUUCUGGGAACUGGUAGAAAUAAGGAAUGCAGUUUGGAUGUCUCUUCCUGUGGGAGCUGUUCUCACCACAUACCUAAACAAGUGCUAACCCCAUACGUAAACCAGUUGCCCCUUUCCACCAUGAUGACUGCAGAAUUGCUUUCUCAUUCACAGAGAGAAAUAGCUUCUUUUACAGCUAUCUGUAGCACAGGUGUGUACCUAAUUACAACAGAUUAAUUAUAGUGCCUUUUUUACAUAGCUAGUACUUCCACAUUCUUUUCCUUACCAUGUUUGUUUAACUCAAAAGUACAAAGCGACAACGCAACAUCGACUUGUUUAAGUUGGAAACAGCUUUAUAGAGACACAUUAAAUGUAUUGGACCUCAAUUAGCCCUACAAUAGCAAUAGUAUCUCACAAACAUCAUCUGAAAAGCCCAGUAAUGUAGCUACGUUGACUAAGCUUUGCAAUAAGAAUUAUCAGUCUUCUUUGGAAGAACCUAAGUUUUUCAACAGUGAGUAUUCAGGGAGGUGGUGGUCAUUGUCCAUGUCAACUGUGAACAGUUAAUUCCUUCAGUCUUUCUAUUAAUAUCAGUUGCAGGCUUGCUUACAUGCAGCAGGAUCCAUGGCAUGUGGGAUGAGUAGGUGUGGGGAUUCAUAUUCAUGAAUCACUCAGAGCUGCACCAUCCCCACAGUAGCAACGGCCAAGGACCAGCUGCCUUGUUCUCUAAGCCCUCGUCUAUGGUGCCUUCAGGGAAUCCAUCCUGCAGGAAUUCUUCUGGGCUACGUGCUUCUCCAUGGCUCCCUGAACAGCUCCUGUCUGCUGUCUUCAUCACAAUUCUGUAGACGCGGUGCUCUUUGUUCAACCUUUCAAUGGUGCUUUUAUAAGAUGCUGGAGAAACGGUUUCAGUGUGCUUUCUGAAAGCUGACAGGUAAAGCUGUGACACAGAGUGCUCUCUCUAGUAUUGUCUGCUUCCCAGAAUUUAGCGCUACCUGUGUUACUCUGACUACAAAAGGCUGACAGUGCUGCCCUGCCUCUGGUUCAUCUCACACAUAACCAGAAUGGAGUCAUCACAUGUAACAAGGUUGGGCCACAGGUGUUUAAAAGUGCCUCGGCUUGAAAGCAGUUAGAGUCAUGACUCUCCUCCAUGCAGUGUGGGAUUGGAAACAUCACAGGGCCCAGCUCAAGGACUUUUUUCCAUCUCUUACUGUGCAUAUACAUUUGUUUGCAAUAUGACUGUAUGAAACCUGUUUCUGCAACAAACAUUUUAAUUUGGGCUACACUCCAAUGAGGGACUUUUGCUGUUAGGCAAAUUACCAGUUAUUUCAGAUGAGUGUUACUUAUUUAGGUUGGAAUAAGGCUGUGUGCCUCACAAGUAACUCGGUGUCUGUGUAGUCUGCUGCAAAACAGGAGAAUGCAGAAAGAUGCUCAGCCUGACAGAAGCUUCUGUGGUGGCAUGCUGAAGACCUUCAAGGGCAGCUCUUUUCCUGGGAGCUGGGGGCAUAAUUACUGUUAAUAUGAUUUCAUAACCUGGUGCGGAAGUUGAUUUGUAGCAUCUCUUUUGGGAUGGUCAUGGCUGAAGACGUUGCCAGAGCAUAUAUUAAAAAAAAAAAAAAAGGAUUUUUAUAGCCCUUGCUAGCUUUUUAUAGCCCUUGCUAGCUAUCAACAUAUGUUGAGGAUUAUGCUAAAGAUAACUGCUCUGGAUGGAACAUCACAGAAAUGAAAACACAGGGUUCUCUUUCUUCAAGGAGAGAGAACUCCCUUUGGUUGGGUCAGUAUGAAAGAUCCCGGGCUUACAGAAAGUAUUAAACAACAAAAGUAUUAAACAAAUUAAUUGCCUAGGUGGUAGUUUUCCAGGAGUGCAUUAAGGUGUCACAUACACUAGACACUGUUCUUUUCCUAUAGACAACAGAAAGAUGAAAGCUUAUUUUUAAUACAAGAUUCCCAUUGAUUAAUUGAUAAAACUUACUUUACAUGUAAGCCAAAGGUCAGCAAGAGUGUCUACACUAUGUAGAUUUAUUUAAGCUAACUCUAAAUGUUACAGAUCAGGUGUUGUAAGCAGAAUCACUACAACAAUUUAAUGCUCUCCUUGGUCUGACCUGCUCACAUAGCUAACUCCAGCACCUCAACUUCUAUAGCAAAUGCAUGGAUUCUCUUUGUAUUACACACCCAUUGGCAUGUGCCUGGUCUACAGAUAAUACAAAAUUUACAGUUCUGUUUUUUCAAGCUGUGAGGUGUUGUUUCUGGAGGUCUUCAGUUUCAAACGGGCCAGAAGGACAGUCACUACAAACAGCAAAGUGCCUAAAAAUAAGGAUGUUUCUACAAAUGUGAUGAUGCUCACUGUUGCUACACAGCAACUUGUGUACUGCAUGUGGUACUCUCUUGCCAAACACAUUCCUAAAUAUUGGCUUUCAUUUGUGAUGUUCAUUUAUUGUUAUAAUAGCACAGUCUGACAAGGUUUCUGUCUCUGCAAAUUCAUUGUCUAAUUUUAACUAGCAUAUGUUUGUUACAGAAAAUAUAAAACGAGAUUGUUCAGUUUAGAGGGCAGCUAUGUUAUUUCUUACAGUUUAUGAUAAUGCAACAAUCUGCUUAGAUGAUUUACAAAGUAUGUAAAUAUUACUUCAAAGUAAGUAUGCAAGUAUGACUUCAAAAUCGAGAUUUCAGAAUGCUUCCUGCUCACUACAAGACAAUGUUACCAACUCGUCAUUUUAAUCUUGUAACAUUGGGGAGGGGGGUUUAAACCUUACAGGUCUUGUUACUU